AUGGGCCUCUCAAUUUGCUCUGAACGUUGCUUAAGCCCUGUCUCUCUCAAACACAGCACCGGCAACCCGCACGAGGUGGAAACGGGCGGCGUGAUGGGCCUCUCAAUUUGCUCUGAACGUUGCUUAAGCCCUGUCUCUCUCAAACACAGCACCGGCAACCCGCACGAGGCGGAAACGGGCGGCGUGAUGGGCCUCUCAAUUUGCUCUGAACGUUGCUUAAGCCCUGUCUCUCUCAAACACGCACCGGCAACCCGCACGAGACGGAAACGGGUGGCCACCGGCGACCCGCACGAGACGGAGAUGGACAGCGUGAUGGUCCUCACAAGCGACGCCUACUACGUCACCGACUACGACGAGACCUCCGACCGCCUGCUGUCUGUGCAGCGCGUGCCACUCGCCGAUGUCACCUCGGUGGAGCUGGGGACUUUAGACUCUAACUCAACGAUCUUCGGCGUCGGGCGCAAGUCCGCCGGCGAGACGACGCACUGCAUCCGCAUCAACUACAAGUACAACGGCGAGCCGGGCUACUUCCACAUGUUCCGCUCCACCACGCUGCGCUUCUUCAACAACAUGGCGGUGGUGAUAAACACGCGCGACGAGAUGAUCGAAUCUCUACAUUCAAUCUGCGAGUCGUUAAUGGUGGCUCGAGACGUCGCUAAGUUGCCCCCCGUACCUUUCCACGACGGUGUGAAAUUGGAGAGGAAGAAAUCCAAGGUGCACGGCGGCCUGUCGGGCGUCACUGGUGGGGCGCGGUCCGCCCUCUACUUGGACGUAUCGCGGCUCCCGUCACUCACGAGGAAUGUGAGCGAGACGCAGCUAGUGGCGGACAUACGGAGCGUCGGAUCCAAAGCCUUGACCAACAUGACGGAGCAGUUCAGCAGGCUGAACAAACUGAGCCACACCCUCAACGCGAAAGCGAGGCCCAGCCUCCAGCUGAAGUUCGACCAGGGCGCCUCUCGCACCAAGAAGAUGUUCACGGUCGGCCUGAGCAGGGGUGACAGGAAGAAGGGCAGCCAGUCGGACGGCAUGAGCUCCGAGUGCUCGUCCGAUGACGAGGGCCGGACGAACAUCUUCGAGCCGACCCUGGACAACUUCGAGAACAGCCAGCACUACAUCGGCGACAAGCCCGACGCGGGCGGCGCCGAGAACGAGAACGACUGCGAUCUCAUCGAGAACCCGUUGUACUCGUCGAGGAUCGAACCCGCCGAAGUGGCGGACCCGAUGCCGCAGCUAAUCGCCGAGCGGUCGACCACCAGAACGCCGAACGCCGUCGCCAAGCGGAACCCCUUCGACUCUGAAGCCACACCGACGCCCCAGAUACUAAUCGAGCCCGGUUCGAAGCCGGCGCCGCCAAGCACCCUACUCCUCGCGCAGAAGCUCUCGCACAGCUCCAGCGAUGUCAACUACGAGGAAGCCGAGGGGCCCAGAGAGGCCGCCGGCUGCCCAAGGUCCAGCUCCCAGCACGAGAUGGGCCUGAACAUCAGCCAGUCGCACAGCGAGUCGGCGCUGAGGCUGAGGGGCAUCGCCAGCCCCGUCUCGUCCGCCACCAGGGAGAUGGUGCUGUCGCCGCUCUCCAAGUUGGCCAAGGGCGUCCAGACCUUGGGCGCCAACCUGGACCCGAGAAAGAUCAAGGCAUCAGGCUCAGUUAAACAGAUAUCCGAGCAACAAUAUGAGGAACACAAGAAACUCCAAGAAAAAUGGUAUGGAUGCAACACUCGACUCAUCGCAUUG